AUGGCAGAGAGCACAAAGCAGAAGACCGUGGUCGUCGGAGCCGGACCUGUCGGAGCCCUAGCUGCUCUGUACGCUGCAGGAAGAGGUGACAAUGUUGAGAUAUACGAGCUUCGAGGGGAUCUUCGAGAUCCUUCAACCACCCCAUUGAACUUCACCAAAUCAAUCAACUUGGCUCUCUCUGAACGCGGAAUCAACUCCAUGAAGAGAGCCAACUGCCCAGGUUUAUUGGAAGCCGUCCUCGACGAGACGAUUCCUAUGCAUGGCCGGAUGAUUCAUGGCCAAAAGUCAGGCGAGGUUUACGAGGAGUCUCAGUCCUAUGAUAUCCACGGACGAUUCAUUCGUGCCGUUGACAGGGCGGGCCUCAACAAGCGUCUGCUAGAUGAGCUGGAGAAAAUGCCCAAUGUCAAAUUCUUUUUCAACCACAAACUCACCGGCGCAGAUUUCAAGCGCAACAGGGCCUGGUUCGAGCGCCGGGACUCCCCCAGAACUGACCACGCGCAAAACCCUACUCAAGGGGCGGAAAGUGGGCGCGCAGAUGAGAUCGAAGUCUCGUUCGAUUUCAUGAUCGGCGCCGACGGUGCCCACUCAGCUGUGCGGUAUCACCUCAUGAAGUUCGCCCGAAUGUCAUAUUCCCAGGAAUAUAUUGAUACGUUGUGGUGUGAGUUCCACAUCGGUCCAAACGAAGCAGGCGAUUUCAAGAUGUCUCCGAAUCAUCUGCACAUUUGGCCUGGUGGAGACUUCAUGUUUAUCGCCAUCCCAAGCCUGGACAAGACUUUCACUUCAACUCUGUUUCUUCCGGAGCCCAAGUUCAUGGAGCUGGAUACCAAUGGCUCAGCCGUUAUAACCUUCUUCAAAGAAAACUUCCCUGGCGUAAUACCCAACCUCAUCUCGGAGCAAGACGUAACGAGGCAGUACUCAGAAAACCCGCACCUCCCGCUCAUCUCUAUCAAGUGCAAGCCGUAUCACUUCAAGGCCAGUGUCGUUAUUGUCGGCGACGCCGCCCACGCUAUGGUUCCUUUCUACGGCCAGGGCAUGAACGCUGGUCUCGAAGACGUCCGGACGCUUUACGAGUUCCUGGACGCGCACAACACAAGCAGCGUAGAUCCGGCCGAGCGCAAAGCCGCGCGGGAGAAGGCAUUGGACGAGUACACCCAGCAGCGAGCGCCGGAUGCGGCAGCCAUCAACGACCUCGCGCUUCGUAACUAUCAGGAGAUGCGAAGCGACGUUCGCUCGCCUGUUUACCGAUUCAGGAAGUAUGUUGAGGAACGGCUGAACGUCUAUCUGCCUAGCAUAGGGUGGGCGACUCAGUACUCGCGCGUGAGCUUUGGGAGUGAGCGCUACUCUGAGGUCGAGAAGGCAGUGCAGAAGCAAGGCAAGGUUUUGCUGGGCUUCCUUGGAAUGACGAUGGUGACUGGGUUGAGCUGGGGCGGCUGGUGGCUUUGGCGGUGGAACAGGGCAAGUCAUUCGGGCCGAUUUCUGUCGAAAUGGUUCUACAUUAUGGGAAACAAGGUCGAGCAGUUUGGAAGGAGAUACACGUAG